CUGGCGCCGGGCCACGCUCUCUCCCCGCGAUGACGCAGCACGCACCGGGCGCGCGGCGUCACGCACCGCCCCGGCGCAAGAUGGCGGAGCUGGACUUGCUGGGCUCCAUCCUGAACUCCAUGGAGCGGCCGCCCGCCGCGGCCGACGGCGAGACGCGGCGCCGGGCGCGGGAACAAGCUGCUCGCAUGAAGAAGCUGCAGGAGCAAGAGAAGCGGCAGAAGGUGGAGUUCAGGAAGAGGAUGGAGCAAGAGGUGUCCCAGUUCAUCCAGGCCACCGGGGAGCCCCGGCGUCGCUUCCAGCCCAUGAACAAGAUCGAGAGGAGCAUCCUGCACGACGUGGCGGAGGUGGCCGGCCUGACGUCCUUCUCCUUUGGCGAUGACGAGGACAGUCGCUAUGUAAUGGUGUUCAAGAAGGAGUUCGCGCCGUCGGACGAGGAGCUGGAGGCGUAUCGGCGUGGCGAGGAAUGGGACCCGGCGCGGGCUGAGGAGCGGCGGCGCCUCCGGGAGCUGGCGGCACAGCAGGAGGAGGCGGAGCUGGAGCGCGGCCCCGCCCCGCCGGGGCCCCCCAACGACUACAAGGACAAAUACCGGCACCUGAUCGGCUCCGACGCCGCCAAAGCCGCCGCCCGCACCAUGGAGGCCAACAAGGCGUACGGCUGCGUGCCGGUGGCCAACAAGCGGGACACGCGCUCCAUCGAAGAGGCCAUGAACGAGAUCCGCGCCAAGAAGCGGCUGCGGCAGGCGGAGGACGAGGGCGGGGCCGGGGGGGGUGCCGGGGGUCCCGGUGUGUGAGGGGGGUACCCCCGGGGGUAUUUAACAGCGGGGGGAGGGUGGCGGGGAUGCACAGAGGGGGUGAUAAACCUCCUCAUCUCCUC